AUGCUUUUUUGCAGUGCAUUAGAUUUUAGGGAAACCCCACUCACUGGUUGUUCGCAAGGCACAACGUGUUCAAAUAAUUUCGAGUGCAAGACAGUGGGCAGCUCACAGUGGUGCUGUCCAACUGUAGCCUCGGUCUGUGGUCCCAUAGGAGGUCGUCCUCUAGAUACGUCUAUUCAUUCGCGAGGAACGGUCUAUCAUGUUGGCGUGGAGAAGCAGGGUACAAGCCCGUCAACAAGAUUCUUUUACGAUCCAGCCUCGGGAAAAUGUUCUCCGUUCACAUAUCUGGGUUCCUCAGGCAAUUACAACAACUUCAUGUCCAGAAUCGACUGCGAGCUGUAUUGCGCAAGAUUACAAUGCGAUAGAGGCAAUCCACUCCGAAUAGGAGACGUUACCCAAUCUUGUCAGAGCAAUAACGACUGCCCGUCUUCUCACGAAUGCAAAGUUGACCAAGGAGUCUGUUGUCCGAGAAUGCGUAAGAAAAAAACAAUCUGCACUCAGCCUUUACGAGUUGGAAACUGCGAUAGAUCCGUGAGACGAUACUGGUAUUCAGCAUCUUCUCGAGAAUGCCAGUCAUUCGAGUUUACGGCCGAACCACGUUGUUUACAAGGACAAGCCUACAAAGAUAACUCCGGUAAAUUUGUGACAUGUUCCACCAAUAGAGCUGCUUCGUCCUGCCCUGCCAACUACGAGUGCCACUAUGAUGGCAGCAUGUAUGGGUGUUGUCCCAGCAAAGCGUAUACUUGCUCGCUGGCUCCGAAUCAAGGGAAGACCUGUGGACCAGGAGUCUCCUAUAAGUUCUUUUACAACUCUCAAACGCAGGUGAGCGAAUGGGCAGGGCUUUACUCUCUGAAUAGAUACUACUUCAAUAUCGUAACCAAGAAAUGCUCACCAUUUGCUUUCAAUGGUUGUGAUGGUAACCCCAACAAUUUUGCCACAUUAGCUCAAUGCAAUAAUUUCUGCAUGGCUUCCGCAUGCGCUGCUGGAGAUGUGGUGUAUGUCAAUCCAAAUACUCAGAUGCCAAUCGCAUGCAACGAUGAGAUAAGGAACAAUUGCCCGAAUAAUUUCCAGUGCGUGUUCGAUAGCCUCACCGACUCUAGCGUUUGUUGUGGAGCUACUGAUAUGGGAGUUUGUCCAGAUGGAGAAAAA